ACGAUGGCGGAGGAAGAAGGACCAACUGUAGAAUUACGCCAAAGAAAAAAGCCAAAGUCUCCAGAAAAUAAGGACUCUGCCAAAGAAGCGAAAGUUAGUGAUACUUCAGUUCCUGAAAGAACUCCAAAAUAUGUAUUAUUUCAGCGCUUUGCAAAGAUUUUCAUUGGCUGUCUUGCUGCAGUUACUAGUGGUAUGAUGUAUGCACUGUACUUAUCUGCAUACCAUGAACGGAAGUUCUGGUUUUCCAACAGGCAGGAAUUUGAACGGGAAAUCACAUUUCAGGGAGAUUAUUGAGCCUAUGUAUUUCUAUAUUGGCAUUGUUUUUGGAUUGCAAGGAAUAUAUGUUACUGCAUUGUUUGUUACAAGUUGGCUUAUGAGUGGAACAUGGCUAGCAGGAAUGCUUACCGUUGCAUGGUUUAUCAUUAACAGGGUAGAUACAACAAGAAUUGAAUACUCCAUCCCCUUAAGAGAAAACUGGGCACUGCCAUAUUUUGCAUGCCAAGUUGCUGCACUUACAGGCCAUUUAAAAAGCAAUUUAAAUACUUAUGCAGAGAGGUUUUGCUAUCUGUUGAUGAGUGCUUCAACUUACACCUUUAUGAUGAUGUGUGAGUAUAGCCACUAUCUUUUGUUUCUUCAAGCAGUAUCUCUGUUCCUGUUAGAUAUCUUUACAGUGGAACAAGGUGACAAGAUCCAUGAGGUAUAUAAAAUCUACAUAUUUUCUCUGUUUCUGGGAUAUUUGCUACAGUUUGAAAAUCCAGCUUUAUUAGUGUCUCCUUUAUUAAGUUUUGUAUCAGCCUUAAUGCUUACUAAGUGCCUUCAGCUGAAUGUGAAGAAAGGAACUUUUGUAGCUAAAAUCAAGAAAGUGAUUAAUUUUUACCUGGAAUGUACUCUGCCAGUGACACUGAAUAUGAUAAUAAAGAUGUUUGUUCCACACACAGAAAGUGAGCACAUGCUCGAAUUCCUUGAAGUAAAAUUUGGGUUAAAUAUGACUAAGAAUUUUACAGUGAAUUGGCUCCUCUGUCAAGAAUCCCUCCAGACACCGUCCCAAGAUUUUUUUUUGCGAUUGACACAAUCUUCUUUAUUACCAUUCUAUAUUCUAGUGUUAAUUAUUUGUCUUCUUUCUAUGAUGCAAGUUAUUUUUAGGAGGCUUAAUGGAAAGUCCCUGAAAGAAACUGUUGCUAUUGAAGAUGGACGAAUUGGAGAAAGGCCAGAAAUAAUUUAUCAUAUAAUUCACACUAUUUUAUUGGGUUCUCUUGCAAUGGUUUUAGAAGGAUUGAAGUAUAUUUGGACUCCUUACGUGUGCAUGUUGGCAGCGUUUGGUGUGUGUUCUCCUGAGCUUUGGAUGACUCUUUUCAAGUGGCUUCGACUAAGAACUGUGCAUCCAAUAUUGUUGGCUCUUAUUCUGAGGAACUUUUGCCGCACCUGGACGUUAGAGACGUUAAAAGGUUCGUGA